UUACCAAAUUUGAUUUAUUUAUGGGGUUUAGUCUUGGGAUUUGGGGCCGAACAUGAUUGCUCGAUCUGCCCCAACUAGCAAGAAACGAAGGGUCAGUAAACCUAGCCCUUACCAACGAUGGGGGAGGAGAAGAUUAUUCGAGAUCCCGACUAGAGAAGGUAUGUUUAGGAUUCAGUCUAAUCUCCCAAAAACAGAUUCAAGCGUCAACACUAGAGAAGCCAUGUUUACGAUUCGGUCUAGUUUUCCCAAAACAGAUUCAAGUGUCAACACUAGAGAAGCUGUGGUUAGGGAUACCAAAACAGAUUCAGGCGGCAGCGUAGAAGUCCAGCAGUUGCCACCACUGGAGAAGCUGUCACUAUCACAAGUUUCUAGGGAGAAACUCAAGGUGGAUGCUGAUAGUCUGUGUGACCAUAUAAGAUCUAUAAAUGUUGGUCAGGUUCUUUCUAUUGAGCAACAGGUAAAAUUUGAGUAUAAUAAGAACCCGUAUGUUUUCAAAGUUAUGCAAGGUGUUAUAGAAGGGCAAAAGGAUUUGGAUGGAAUGCAGCUUGGGAUGAUCUCGGCUGAAACAUGCAUGAUUUUCAAGACAUCAUACCCUAGAAGAGUAAAGAUACUCAACCAGCAUGAACCAAGCAGCAUCUUUCGGCAGAAAGAAUUCGACUUUCAAUCACUGGGUGUUGGUACUGAUGAAUCAUUUAAAGAGAUGUUCCUGGGGAUGAUUGCCUCGAGGAUGUACCAUCCACGCGUUGCCAGAAAAUAUGGUGUCAAGCAUGUGAAAGGUUUCCUAAUCCAUGGACCUUCUGGUACGGGGAAGACUCUCUUAGCUCGCACACUUGGGGUCAUUUUGAAAAACACCAAGAAAUUACAUGAAUUUAGAUGAAAUCUAAGACGCAAUGAUGUUGAAGAUGACGAUGACGGUGGUGACCAUGGCAAUUGAAGCAGCAAAAAUUACCAUUGAUAGAUUGAUUUGUACACUUCCAUCAUUGUACCAGAUGAAUUUAGUUGUAAACUCGGGGGCUGUUGUGCGGGACAAAUCCUCCUCCUCCGGUUAUACCAGAUGGGUUUGGGAUGUAAUCAAUUGGUAGGCUGAGCAAAGAGUAAUAUGGCAUUGAAGGCGGUGGCGGGCUUGGAACAAAUACAGAUGGAUUGUGAUUCAAGGGAGCUCAACGGAAUGGAAUGAAAAGAAUGGAAAGUGAUUUCAGCCAUAGAGAUCCAUUAACUGCGACCGCCUCAAAGUUUCAAUGGAUUGUUUAAAGGAUCUGGCAAAAGCAUCAAAAGACUCUUUUGCGCCGUUGGCAUUUUGCAAUCUUUCUGGGUGAGAGAACAAGAAACAAGAACCCAUUUUCCACAAACCCAGCAAACAAAAAAAAAAUAUUAUGAGGGUAGAGGGAGAAAAGGAAGCCAGGAAAGUUUCUCUGGUUUUUCUUCCAAAAUUCUCUCUGCCAUUGGAAAGCUUUUUGAGUACUUUUUCUGCUUUUAAAUUUGUACUUUCUUUCUACGUAGCACUGGAAAAAAAAAGUCCUCUUUUUCUUUAAAGUAUUUCUUGCAAAAUCGUUUCCUUCUUUUUUUGAGCUCUUUUGCGGAACAAUUAAGAUUUCUGUUAGCAAUUGGAUCGGGUCGGACUAAUUUCCGAGGGCUGGACUAGUGCAAUUCGGAACUUGGAAAUGGACUCAAUGGAGGCAACUUCAGCUUCUGCUUCUACUUCUGCUGCAGCUUGCGACUCUAGGUUCAGAUAAUGGUUUGGGAGGGCUAUUAUCGACUGUGAUGCCAGUGGACAUGGGCUCGAUUGAGGUGGAUGCGGUGACGAAGGCCGAGUUGAAGGAGAAUGGGUUUUUAGUUGAAUGGUGGCUGUGGUAAUUGGUAGCUGUUCUAUUGUUGUCGAAGGAAAAAAUGGAGAUUUGGAGAAGAUGAUAAGUUUUGAAACAAGGUUAAUAUAGAAAUUUCAUAUUUUCCGUCAAAUUAGACGAUUUUCGUUCAUUGCCCAAAUUAAUCCAAACUAUGAGGGGGUACUUUGGGGGUUUUUAAACAAUGAGGAGGUUUUAUGAUGAUAACCCAAAUCACAAGGGGGUUUAGUGUAUUUUACCCUAUUAUAAAUAGUCUUAGGUUUUAGAAAAAAUAGAAAAUUCUUUAAAACUAUUAGUAUAAAAGUUUUUAUAGUUUUCAGGGUAAGUGAUUUUGAGAAAAAUUUUGACCAGAUAAUUAGAAGAAAGAUUUCAUUUUCAAUCAGGUGAAGAUGUAAAUACAUAUGUAAGAUUUUUUGGGAAGACAUGGACGUGGAUUCCCUCACUUACCAUAAGAUCAUGAAUCUCAAAGCUCAGUCUGUUUUAGUCGUGAGCUGAUAUUUGCAUUUUGCAAGAAGCUUUCAGUAAAAUGGAAGUACUUCUAUAACUUUUUGUUUUUAUUAAUUAUCAGCUCAUAGGUAAGAUUUAAUUUAUCUGCAGCCUAUUCAUUGCUGCAAGUUUAUGUUGAAAUUUAUGUUUGAGGUUGGCUUAUGUUGAUAUUCUUGGUUGGAACUAAGAAAUAAUUGUGGUCAUAUUCAUAAUAAAUUUAAAUCAAUGGACUUAGAGGUAAUGGCGAAAUACUGAAAAACUCUUGCAUUCGAUUGAUGCGAUGGACUCCAUCGUGAAAUAGGCCAAAAAAAAAAAA